AUGUACUCCACAACUCGUUCGGUUGGUUCUUAUGGAGUAAAUUCGAGAUGCGAGGCGCGCUUUGUGCACGACGACGUCGCUGCUGCUGGUGUCGCGAAAAUCGGCUCGCUCGAAGAAACUGGAUCGAAGAGCUUCGUGACGACUAUUGACUUGCUCGGCGAUAAAGAAAAAAGUGUUGAUAGUGGCGUCGUCGGUGCCAGUGAGACGAAACUCGAAGACAAAAGUGAAAAUAUUCGUGUGAAAGAGCAUCUUCCCGCUGCUUCGAGGGCUAGAGAGAACGUACGCUUGGGAGAAUUGGAGGAGACGCUGAAUAAAAAAACUCACAAAUCCGAGGUGAAGUCGCACAAAAGAUUCGACAAGGUCCCGUUCAGAAAAUUCAAGCGGAGCAUACACGAAAAAGAUCACCAAAUAUUUCAAAUAGCUCAACAUGUCACCGAGUCGGAAGACCCCAAAAAAGUUACUAACAUCGAGCCAUUGGAGCAACUCAAAAGUGUCAAUGUAGAUGGAAUACGUCGCUUAGACGUUGACGUCGAACAAGGUGGUAAACAAAGUACUCGAGAAAUUUCAACGACCGAAGACAAGGUAAAAGAAAUUAAACAUGAACCCGAAUCGUCAGAAAAGAAAUUCCAUUUGAAGAAAAUUGCAAUUGGAGAUUCUGACAAUUCGAAAAUUAUUGAUAAUAUUAAAGAAACAAGUAUUAGCGAUUCGCAAACUCAUGAUAGUGUGACUUUAAAAAAAUCAGAAAUAAAUGAGCAAAAUAUUGAUUUGAAAGAAACCGUUUCUUCUAACUCAAAAUCUAACGAAAAAGAAUUAGAACAAUCUGAUCCAAAUUUGAUCCAACAACAGCCUAAACACGAUGUCGUUAACAUUGAAAGUCGUGCUGGAGUUUUCCGACAAAAUAUUCAAAAACAAAUGUCUGAAUUCUUGCCUAAAGUACCAAAACUCUCGGAAAAUCAAUUUUUGGAAUUAUUAAAAUCUAUAUUUGCGAAAAAAAAUAUUAACGAAGAGGAUAACGAAACAAUAGAUAUCAAAGGAUUGAGCCCCAUUCAGCAAGAAGUUAUCAAGUGCGCUCAACAGCUCGUUGCUCAAAAAGAAAGAAAAUCAUUUACAGAUAAUAUAACAGAAUGUAUGAAAGGAUUCAACAUACUCAAUUGCAUGCGCAUAUUUGUUUAUCCUGUCAUUGUGCAGUAUAUGCCUGAAGCAGUUAAAGGCUUGGAAUCGAAAUUUCCUCUAGAGGUCAAUAUCCCUGAAUUACUUCAGGGUAAUCGCGACAAGAUAAAAUCAGCCAGGCAAGUUCCACUCCCGAACAUUUAUUCGAACAAUCUUGACCCUGAUAUGGUAAUUUACGACAUGCUGAUGGAAGGUUUGUUGAAAACUUCUUCUGGUGACAAUUUUUACUCUUAUAUCAAUGAAAAAAAUGAAACUCUAUCGAAGAUUUUGACGUGCAAUCGCAUGAAACUGCUAACAAUGACUGAACAAUUUUUACCGGAAAACGAGAGGCCAAAUUACUCGAAUCAAAUGAUUUCCUGUGUAAAACGUUUCGAAUACUUUAGUUGCUUAAAGUACUUUUCAUGGCCGACAAUCAAACGUCAAUACCCGACGUUGCCGCCAUUUCCAUUGAGUGAUACGUACUUAUCGUCACUUACCAAUCCAGGUUAUCCUCUUAUCAUUUAUCCCGGAUCAGAGAACGAACUUCCAAACUUGCCAGAAGUCAUAGAGUCCAGACAAAUGACUCCUGACUCUAUCAUUAAAGGAAUUCUUCAGAGAACUUUAUAUCAGUAUCCAAGAGUAGCAACUCCCUUUGCCCCAUUACAAUUUAGUAUUUUUGCAAAAGGAAUUCCAUUGAGCUACGAUCAAAUGCUUUCCCUGCAUUUUGCUGAACAAUUACUACCAUUGAAUUUGCGGUCCGAGUAUACUUCGAGAACUACCGAAUGUAUCAGGAGAUUCGAUUUCUAUAACUGCAUGAAAUAUUCUUCUUGGCCUCUUCUCAGACAAUUUAAUCCGACACUUCCAGAAUUCCCCAAUUUCAAUGAAAUUUUUGGUAAUUUCCAAAUACCAGAUAUACCACUGAUCUCGAGUUUCUUUAACUUCUUUUCGCAAUUCCAAUUCCCACAGUUCGAAUUCCCAUUCCAGAUUCCGAAUUUCCCUGCUUUUGCCUUGCCUGACUUUACUCAGUUUAUUCCUGGACAAGUUCCGUCGACUCCCAAGCCACCGACCAUUCCCGAAGCCCCUUCACCACCGGCGAUUCCUGACGCCCCUACCGCACCAACUGCGCCUACUCCACCAACUUGGGAAUAUCAAAUCUAUAAUAUUUUGAAGGAUAUUCGUUUAUCCAUGGGAGCAACACCACUGUCGACGCCAUCAUAUACGAAUAGGAAAAUUUUCUUAUUUCCUCUGAUGACGGAAGAACAGUCGAAAAUAUUUGCUUUGGCUGAAAGCAUCGUUCCACCAAUAGCUCGUGAGCCAAUGAUAACUAGUAUUUACUUCUGUCUCAACAAUAAAAAUUCAUUUACAACGUGCACAAAAAGUAUCAUAUGGCCAUCCAUCAAGACCUAUGUGAAAGGAUUUCCCGAAUUUCCUGAAAUGAGCUUCGUUCAAAAACAGCAAGGCUCGAUAUCUGAUUCGAAAGCUUAUGCGUUUGGAAAUGAUGAUAAUUUCUUUGUUAUCAGAGAGUUGGAAAAAGCAUUUUUCGAAGGCCGAGAAGAUGCUAUGAGUUAUAUAAUCAGAUCCAUUCAGAUGACCGCUCCGGAGGACUUCAAUUAUAAAAAAAUGCUUGAAAUUUUGAGAUCGAUUCAAUUUAAAACGCAAGACUUCACCGAUAACCAGUUGAUUAUGUAUCCCAGAAUACAAGAAUAUUCUAGUAUAACGGAAAAUCAGGAGAAUAUAAUUCACGCAGUGGAAAGCAUCAUACCAGAAAAUAUACGAUUCAGAUUCAACAAAGAUAUGAUUGAUUGCUUACAAAAUAACAAAUUUUCUAUAUGUUCGAAAAAUAUAAUCUAUCCUGCUUUGUAUCCUAAAUUUCAGAACAUAUUUUCUACUUCGUAUACAAACCCGAUGGCAGAAAAACAAGAUUACGAUAUGAAAAGUUUGAACCACCCUGGCAUUUACUCAGAAAGAAAAGAAAUGAUCCCUGGGUCAGAAAAAAUUGGAGAAAAUUUUGAAAUAAUUGGCGAAAAAUUGUAUCCAGAUAACCCGGAAUCGAUUAUACUUGAAAUGCUGCGAAAAGAACAAGUUUCAUUGCCAUCUUUACCAGAACCACCGAAGGAAUCUAUAAAUUACAAUCCAGAAUUCGAACAAGCCUUCAACAUAAGACAAGCCUACAUAUUAAAAACAGCUGAACUCAUUUUGCCAGAUGAAUAUCGCAGAGGAAUAUUAGAAGAAAUGUACAGUUGCAAUCAGAAAGAAUCAUUUUUAAAUUGCGCUCGAGAUAUUCUUUUCCCGGGAUUGAAAAAAGCUUACUCAAACUUCCCAGAUUUUCCAGAUAUUCAAAAAGAUCUCGACCGAACACGCAUGUUGGAAAUCGUGAGCAGUAUUGAAAAUCCUACUAUGUCAUUGAAAAUUGAUUACAAAAAAAGAACAUUACCUCACCUAGAUGAUUUGUUUAAAUUCGUCUCCGAAGAUAAAAGCGAGAACUUACAAAUAUUGAUUGAUAAACUACCGGAUACUUUGUACUAUAAUUUGUACGUAAAAAUGGUUCAAUGUAAUAAAUUUUCCGACGGAAUUUCAUGUGCACAUGAUAUCGUCUAUCCAGCAUUGAAACAAUACUAUGACGCACCUAAUUUCGAUUUGAAUAAAUACUACCCAAUAGAUGCCAAACCAGUUUUAUACGCAGCAUCAGAAUUUCAGUAUGGAAAAUUGGACUAUGAAAUUAUUUGCAAAAACAUGGACUUUUCAUGCUAUUUAGUACCUUUUGGAUCUCAGCAUGUCGAAGCUCUCCCGAAUUCAGACGUUCCUCCGAGCGUGCCUAAAACAUCUUACAUUCCUUUUGGAAAAUUGAACGCAGACAGCCGCAUAUUCAAACAAAGUCAAGAGAUAUGGAUUCCUCAAAACACACCGUCAGUAGGAAAAACAGAAUUCUUAAAUGAAUCAUCAGCCAAGUACGUUCACAGUGAUAUUUUGAAAAAGUUGAACCCAUUGGCAAGAAAAAAACGUGAUGUUGAUGAUUUACUUGAUUCAUAUCCAGAUACAAAUCCAGAUAGUAACAAAAAUUCGGUUCCACGACGUAUUCCUACGGAAAUAACAUUUCCAAAUGUGACUGAAGAAGAGUUGAUAAAAAUUUUAAAAAAUAUUUUAGAAAAUAAGAAAAACCACUCAUCUACCGAACUGCGUCUUUCACCUGUAGACUACUUUGUCGAUUCAUUAAAUGAUACUGAGAAAGCUUCACUCACAGCAAAUCAAUACGAAAUUUUAAAAUUAAUCCAAGAUAUAAAUCCAGAAACUGCCAGAGCCAGUUUUAUGUGGCAGGUAUUUAAAUGUAUUCGCAGCCUAAGCUUUAUUCGGUGCGUGGGAAUAUUUGUUUGGCCAAUGAUUCAAAGUAAUCUACCCUUUUCCGGUGCGGGCAAUAAAGCUCGAAGAGCUCGCAUAGAACAAGAAAUGCAGGUUCAAAAAAUUUUCGGAUUAUCUACGUCGUCUUUAGAAGAAGAAUUAAUGAAUCGUAAACAGCAAAUCGAAUCAAACUUUAUUGAACUAUACAAGUCAUUAACCGAAAGUUCAUACGAAACAAAUUUAGGUCCAAUGAAUAUUAAAAGUCAAGGAAAUGGAGAAUUUGCCAUAACUUUUUCAAACUUCCGUCAGAGUAGAAUUUCAAAAAUCAAAGAUAAUAAAAAUGUACCCAACAUAUUGACAUUUAUUGGUGAUAUUAUUGAAGAGGUGUUUGACAUGAAAAAAAAAAAAUCGAAUAUCGAUGGUCGUUACGAAGAUCCUUUACGCUUGACGAAGGAUGACGAAGUCAUUAGUAUUUUAUUAGAAAAACUCCGACCUACUGUAACGGACUAUAAAAAUGAAGAAGUAAGACACUAUUUGGACAUCGAAGAUGCUUUCAAAGCUUUCGAGGUUCUUUUUGGACCGAAGUUCAGUGGCGAGUUGACGAAUAAAUUGAAAAAUAUCAAUACGGAAGAUUUUAAAAAACUAGUAACAUUCAGAAUGGUCGAUAAGUCAAACACCCCUACUGUAAAUGAAUUUACCAAUAAUUUCCAUAGAGAAUCAUUGGUUAAGCCUUCAAGUCAGAGUAGAGCGAUCAGUGAAUCGAGUAAUCAUGAUUUCAGUAAAAAUUUCACAUCUCCGGGAAAUUUAUCAAAAUUAAAGGCAUUUUUACAAGAAUACAUGGAGAAAUCUCCAAAUACCAAUAAAAAUUUCGUUCAGGGCAGUAUGAUACUAAGGGUUCCGAGAUUGACCGACGCAAUAGAAGAAAAGAAAGCCACAACAAAUUUGGAGGAACUACGCAGAGAUUUAAAAAGUAAAAUGCAGUCAAUGAUGCCGGCAGCUGGCUUAGCUACCUCCUUAUUGAUACAGUUAGCAUUAGCACACGCCAAAGCCGCAGCAUCGGUUGCUGGAUUAUUAAGUAAUAUGGCUCUUGGAAGCGCAAUGCUCGGUAUGUUGAGGGACAUGAUUUUCGGCCAAAAUACUGAAGCCAAAGUAAAAUAUGUGUAUGAAACUGAAAAGCAUGACUCCGACUUGGCUUGGUCGCCGCAUAAAUCUGACCCAACAAUAAGUUUUACUCCUCCGCCCGGGCAAAUUUAUCCAUAUCCCCAUCCUAACUAUUAA